CGCGUCCAUCAUGAAGUCAUGAAACUACGACCCCAAUGGCAGACAUAUCCUUCGUCGAGCUGACCCCCUCGAGCCUCGCCCGCUCCACGGCGCGUCCAUCCAACCGACCCUCCGUGCCUGUCACCUCCAAUGCUGUCAGGCCUACAGCGCGAUACAUCAUGUCCUCACGAUCCUUCGAGCUGCAAAAAUACAUUGGCGCGCAUUUUGGCCAGUUGAAGGGGGCAGACCGAAAGAAAGCGAAGGAGAUCAUUCGACGCGGCAACUUUGGGGAAGAGAGGAAGCUGGAUCUGGGACAACUGCCGGUGGAGCACUUGGAGGAGUUGUUUAGGCAUGUAUUGGAGGUUGUCAAACGGGGCACUGUGCCUUCGCAGACCGGAGAAUCGAAACACCCUGUUCGACCUAAGGUGGAGUCUAGGGAAGACUCGCGAAUACCGGAUCAGGCACAACUGGACCAAGAACGACGGCACAGAGAAGAACGGGUUAGAAAGGAGGGGCAGGAACAAGAGCAGCGACGCAUUGCGCGUGAACGGGUGCGACAAAUGCACGCUACAAGUGUACAAGGGGCCCAGGGAGCCAACAGCCAACGUCAACAGCCCGCUACGAACGCUCACGCCCCUAGACCAAGUCAGCAACAGGCUCAGAUCCCGAACAAGCCACUCCAGCAAUCCUCAGCGAACCUCCCCAUCCCGCGACUAGAUCAAUUGCGCAACAUUAUCAUGACCGCCGACGUCCUUGCCAUACGCGAUGUCUUCCUCAAUCUAUGCUACUCCUCUCCCUCCCUCGGCCGCGCAGCCAUUCGUUGUCUAGCACCUCACUCUACCUUCGCGCAAGCAACACUACAACAGGCACGAGCAGCUGCGGUGACGCAGCAACCCCCAAAAUCUGCACCACAGCCACAGAUCAAGCACGAGUUUCGACUGCCAAAAGAGAGCUCACCUCGGAACAGACCAAGCUUCAAGGUUCCCGAAGUGCCACAGAUAAAUCCGGUCAAGCAAGAAAAGGGUACGCAAGCACCGAAUACAAUGCCGAAGAGGAGCACGCCGUAUCCUUCAGCCCUCGUGGAGUCAGAGCAUGCAACUUCACCGUCUCUGGGACAGCAACGUAGCGUACGCCAGCCACUAAGCCUAAAGUCGGCGAACAUACCAUCUCGGGUCAAUCCAGAAGCGUCUACUUCAUCGUUGAGCCAAAAGAGAAAAGUCGAGGACGAGAACACCCACAUAGGUCAGUGAAUGAAAACCAAGGUUUCUCGACGAGCAAUUGCUAACCUUUAUUAGGUAAUCUGGUACCCAACUGGAACCACGACUUCUGGCUAGACGACCAGAUCGACGUGGACCAGGUGAAUCCCAACGAAGGAGAGAAUCGCCGAUACUUCAAGUACGAUUGCUGCCAGCUGCCAGGCAUGUUCUCAAUGUGCGCGAACGUUGCGGGCGCUAAGAAACCGCGGUGGUCGACGGGUGGAGUUCAAGAGGCCAGAUGAACG